AAGACCGCCACUCCCUCACAGACGUCAAGAUGGCUGUCCAGGAGGCCAAAGUCGACACCGUGACCAGCGAAAAUGAUUUCGAGACCACGGCUUCCUGGGAUGAGACAACAGAAAAGGCUCUCGUGCGCAAGAUGGAUCUGCGCAUCUUCCCAGUCAUGAUUAUCCUCUUCAUCCUGAACUUCAUCGACCGUAACAACUUCGCCAACGCACGACUGAAUGGUUUGGAGGAAGAUCUCAACCUCACCGAUGUGCAGUAUCAGACCUGUAUUUCGAUUCUUCUCGUCGGCUACGUUUCCAUGCAGGUACCCUCAAACAUGAUCCUCAACGCGGUUUCUCGACCGAGUUGGUAUCUCUGUGGCUGUGUUGCGACUUGGGGUGUCAUCUCUGCUGCCACGGCAGCCGUCCACAACGCAACUGGUGCGAUCCUCUGUCGAUUUUUCCUGGGAUGCGUGGAGGCUUCCUUUUUCCCUGGCUCCCUGUAUUUCUUAUCGAGGUGGUAUACCCGCAAGGAAAUGCAAUUGCGCGUGACGCUCCUGAAUGCAGGAAAUUUGGCUGCCCAGGCCUUUGGUGGCUUGAUCGCUGCUGGAAUUUUGAGCAACAUGCAAGGAGAUGCAGGGUUGGCGGCAUGGAGAUGGCUCUUCAUCAUAGAGGGUGUUCUCACCAUCGCCAUCGCUGGCAUCGCUGUCUUUGUAUUGCCUGACUACCCUUCCACGACGAGGUGGCUGUCAACAGAGGAGAAGCGAAUCGCCGAGGGAAGACUCGCCAUUGACGCCGGUCUCUCGGCUCAAGAGACUGGAGGAGAAGAACUGACCUCCGUGCAAGGACUUCUGCUGGCUGUGAAGGAUAUCAAGGUCUGGCUUCUGGGCAUCACUUAUCAUGCCACGAUCAUGGGACUUAGUUUUGUCUUUUUCUUCCCGACCAUCACUCAAGCGUUGGGCUACAACACCACUACCACGCUACUCUUGACGGCACCACCAUGGAUCUUUGCCAUUCUAGUUUCUCUUCCGAACGCCUGGCACGCCGAUAGAACCGGUGAACGAUUCUUCCACUACGCAGGCCCGGCAGUCACUUGUAUCAUUGGUUACAUUAUCUCGAUAACCACCAAAACCACUGCGCCUCGCUAUGUCUCCAUGUUCAUGAUGACCACUGGCUAUGCUUCUGGGUUCGUAAUGCUCGCUUGGAUCUCAAACACCAUCCCGCGCCCUGCUGCUAAGAAGGCCGCCGCCAUCGCCAUAGUCAAUGCUAUGGGCAACAUCGGCAGUAUCCCAGGCUCAUACAUCUGGCCCGCCAACUACGGGCCGCUCUACGUCAAGUCCUUCGGCGCCGAAAUUGCCAUUCUCGGCUUUGGCUUGAUCUGUGCCUUGGUGCUUCGCUGCUACCUGCUGGCACAGAACAAGAAGCUCGACAGAGAGGAAGGUGUCGCCAUGGCUGGCUCGAUCGACGGAAAAGACGAAGUCUCUCGGGUUACAGUACAACAGAAAGGCUUCAGGUAUCUCUAUUAAGCAUGGUUGGUCAUAUCGUUCGAAGCAGCUUCCUGUUUGUGGAAAGUCGUGGGAACCAAUAUUUUUGCAGGUGGGAUGAAGUAGGAGGAAUCGGUCAUGACUCUUCUAUGAUUGACAAUGUGAGAUUGCAGUGUUCAAGCCUAGUCGCUGUCUAGGUAGUAUAUACUGGU